UUCCUACCAAGAAAAACAGCAGCUGAAAUAAGAAGUUAGGAGAAAAAGCCCAAAAACAAAAAUAAGAAAACAGAAAUUCUUGAGCACCACACAACCAUAAAUGUGUAUUUGAACCAAAAAAGGAUAAGUUCCUCUUCUGUUGUGUUGGUUUGUUCAGAAACUAAGAAGGUUUUAAAUAUCAAAGCUUCUUGAAAAGUACACCACAUAUAUAUAAAAAAAUGGGGAGAGGGAAAGUGGAAUUGAAGAGGAUUGAGAACAAGAUAAACAGACAGGUUACUUUUGCCAAAAGAAGAAAUGGUUUGCUGAAGAAGGCCUAUGAACUCUCCAUUCUCUGUGAUGCUGAGGUUGCUCUCAUCAUCUUCUCCAACAAAGGCAAGCUCUAUGAGUUCUGCAGCUCUUCUAGCAUGGCCAAGACACUUGAGAGAUAUCACAAAAGCAGCUAUGGCCUAAUUGAAUCUCAGCAAUCUCCUGAUGAUGAAAGGAGUAGCUACUUGGAGUGCUUAAAGCUCAAGUCAAGAGUUGAGGUUCUACAACAAUCUCAAAGGCAUCUUCUGGGGGAAGACUUGGGAAAGUUUGGUGUAAGGGAACUUGAUCAACUCGAAUGUGUAUUAGAUGCAUCUUUGAAUCGAAUAAGAUCAAAACAGACACAACACAUGUUCGAGCAGCUUUCUGGUCUUCAAAGAAAGGAAAAAGACCUGAUGGAUAUUAAUAGAGCUCUCAGGAAAAAGCUCGAAGGAGGCAGUGAUCAACCAGUACCCUACCGGCCGCAGCCAGCUGCUCGGCCUCAGGUGUUUUUCGAACCUCUUGCUGCCAACAACUCAACCCUUAUUAGGUACAACUCUCAGGUGGCGCAAAAUAAUGCUGAGGGUUCUUCACAAAAUGUGAACGCGAUUUUGCCUGCAUGGAUGCACUGAAUUUCUCAAUAAAUACAAAAAAAUGCAGCCAACUUAUUAAAAUUAAAGUUUUUUUAGGGGAAGGGGGUGGAAAUAAAAUGGGAUUUACGCUUAUUUAUGGGAUGAGCAACCUCAGGUAUGGAAGACAAUUUGCAUGUAUUAUUAAGAUCUUAUAUGAUGUCUGAAAAAAAAUACUCACUACGAAAUCAGUAUUUUUAUUUAUAUA